AUGAUUGGUCAGUUUGGGUGUGGAGCGCGAAACUGUCCCCCUCUUGUUUCCGUUGAGUUUGGGAACCCCGAGAGGACUCGCACGGAAAACACCGAACCCUCGCCCCGCGCCGCGUAUGGACAGAUCCAUCCCCUUUCGUCUACCUACCUACCUACCUCCCCUGCCAAUCGCCACUUCCCACCAAAUCGUUGCGUUGUCUCGUUCCACGUCCGAUUUGGUUACAUUGUUCUCCUUGUUGGGAAGCAGCGUCGGGUACUACGAAUGACGACUCCCGGUGGACUACCCCCGCAACCGAUAGCAGCGGCGGCGGCGGCCGUUGCCACGGCGCCCUGGCCCUUGUUCGAUCUCUUUCUCGACGUCCCACACCCCGCCGCAUCGGCCCCCGCCGCUCCGCCCUUGCUCGUCGGAUCCCCCGCUACGACACCGUCGUUACACGAGGAACUACACAAGAAUGUGCCACAAAUGGCGCGUUUCGCCUUUCCCGAAUACGAAGCAACGACACCGCCCGACCCGCGGGUGAACGUGAACAAGUACGACGUCUACGCGAUGCAACCCACCGCCUUUCAAAACUUUACCUUUUCUCUACAGUUGAGCGACGGGACGCGGAUGCAUGGGCACGUGCGCCGUGUACUGCCAUCCCACGCCAUUGCGACGACCCGGUACGAUGUGGGGCGUCGAGCGGAACGGGCGUUGAUUCUUUUGACCCGCGCCACCGGCGCCGACUUGUUGUACUCGGCCAUUCUCAAGUACGUGUGUUCGGACACCGACUGCCCGGAAUCCAUAUGUUUGUACAAAACUGUACCAAUUCUUUGCUGUUACGCGGACUCACCGGUUUUACUGUUUUUGUUACGCUCCACAUGGUAUGGCAGAUCGAUAGAGGCCAUUACCUCCCAACAGAUGGCUUUGUCCAAGAGCCUCUGGCCACACGACGAACCGCAAAAAUGGUUCUUGGACCAGCUCUUUCGCCAUCAACAAUACUUGGCACAAAUGUACUCCACCAAACCCUUGGAGGAACGGGGCAAACCACUUGUCGCGAACAUUACCGGUGUCGAAGUCGGUCUGUCGCCUCUCUAUACCAAAGUUGACACGUCUCGCUUUAUUUUUCCCACCUGUCUCCUGCACCGCGUUUCCGUCUCGGAUCCUUCCGCUUCGCAAUCCACGUCGAUUCUACCCCUCAUUCGGUGCGUUGGUGUGGUCCACGCCUUGCGGAUUAUGGCCGCCCUCCUGUCGGAGCGACGCAUCAUCAUGGUCAGUAGCAGUCCCACCCGACUGGCGUUCUGUAGUCAUUCCGCCCUCGGUAUGCUAGCCCAAGGAUUACUCCACUGGCAACACUUGUACAUCCCCGUCAUGCCCCCACACUUGUGGCAGUACUUGGCGGCCCCGUACCCGUACCUAAUUGGCAUUUUGUCGUCCACGGUAUCUAAACUGGAUCGAACCGACGGGCUCGGAGAAGUGCUCAUGAUCCAUUUGGAUUCCAAUCAAAUGGAAACACGUGGGAUGGAUACAGCCACCAUUGCCUCGCGUCUGCCUGAUCUCUUUCACAGUCAAGACCUUGUACCAAAAGGCGGUGCUGCCUCGGUCUCGGAGCUGCUCGCCCAAGACUUGGUGGAAGUACUCAAAAGCGAUAAAAAAGUCCUUCACGGCGAAUCCACUUUGGCGCAAAUGGGUGAGACCGCGGCCAAGGCAAGCAAGGCCGUCAAGAAAACCUUCUUCAAAUUGCGCGAUAAAGGACGCGACCUCUUAGCCAAACGAUCGAACAGCGGAGUGGAAGGCGAUGAAGGGGAGCUGACCGUGUUGGCGGAUGGGCCGGCAGAGACCAACACGUUGGCGGCCGACUACAUUUACACGGAAGGUUGCCACAAUGAAGUUAGUGAAGAAGACGUGCGCAUUGCGUUUACGACGUUUUUUCUGUGCACUUUUGGAGACAUGCGCUGGUAUCUUUCGGCGGCCCCGGGACAACCUCCCAAGCUGGAUCGGAACCGAUUUUUGCAACAGAAACGAUCGGUCGGUGAAGGAGAAGGUACUCCCAUGUGGCCUUUGCUGCAAAACUUUUGUCAAACUCAAAUGCUUGAAGAAUUCUCCAAAGCUCGAAUGGAAGAGGUUCGGACCCGCCAGCCUGUCACACCCGAUGCGCCCUUGUUUACGCAGUGUGCCAAUUACAAUCGGCAGCACAAUGUGGAUUUUGGGCUGUUGAAUGUUCGUCGCGUAACGCGUCAAGUCGCUCAAGCCAAUCCGGCUCGAAUGACCGCCAUGCUACAAACGAACGCGCGGCGAAUGGCCAUGGCGUUGACUUCUAACAAAUCGUUUGAAGGCGAUACUUCUCGUGCCAUCGCGCAACUUGUGGAACAGUGUCGCGAAAGCACUUCUAUUCUUUUUGACGUCAUGUCAGUCGUUUGGUUACGAAUUCGCGAUUCCAAGGGGAUGCAGUGGAAACAUGCCUUUCAAGCAUUGCAAAUUUUGAGAAAUCUAUUGUAUCAUGGACCGUUGGCGGCUAUUGCCGAAGCGACGGACGGUUUGGAGAAAAUUCGGGCACUCAAGUUUUACGAUCACAUGCGGGUGCAAGUGACCCAAGAAGUUCGAACUGCCGCUGGGCAUGUGUUCGAACUCCUGGUGGACCGUGCUCGGCUUUUCAACAUUCGUCGAGCCUGUGCAGAGCGACGCCGCACUCUCCAAAGUGCGGGUCCAAAGUUCGUCCGCGAUACGCGUCUAAGAAUCAACUCGCCGUUUAAGGCUGUCCAUGCGGCAUUACACCCGAACGCAGCUCGUGGCACUAUUGCUCGUAUUCCAUCGACUCCCAGUCCUCACUCACAGCUUACGCAGCAUGGCAAUCACGACGUCAAUGAAGCUCGUCCGUUGUCAAAUCCGAAUGAAGAUCUUCUAGGCAUCUUUACGGAUAUGGAUGUGUCCGCCCAAACUCCAUCAACAGGAUUGGGGACUAGUCCGUUCGAUGUAUCCAAUAGCAGUACACAAGCAAAGGUCGAGGUUGCCACUCCAGUUGCGAACGGCUCGCUAGCUCCAAUAUCGCAGGGGUCGCCAUAUGCCCACCAACAAGGAUCAGCCAUUCAAGGUCAAAUUUCAAUGCUGCCCCAGCAACAAAAGCAACCUCAACAACACCAAAUGGCGCCUACACCAACAUUCGCGAGACUUCCGCCCGGUGGAGCUCAGUUGAACCAUCAAUAUCACGCUGCUGCGCAGUCAGAAAUUCCUGUCCAGCAACAAGGCCCUCCCUCUACUCCUCCGCAACACUUACAAAAUCAAGUUGCACCGCUGCCACAACAGCAUUACUCCGUACAGCGAAUGUCCCCGCAGACCCUAUCCACCAAUCCGCAACCGCCCCCAGGGGUAUCUGGCUAUGGGGUGUAUGGAACAGACCAGCCGCCACAAAUGCAAUCAAACUCGGGACAGUGCCAAGUACCCGGUUUCGCUUUUACUCCGCAAGGGUACCCGCCUCAGGACGUGGGUGUGCAUUUGCAGCAACCUGCACAGGGUAGGCUCGCCCAUCAGCCUCCCAAAAAGGACCUCAGCGGAUUCGAUCCUUUUGCGUAG